GGUGUUUUAAGAUGAGUUUAAAGUCACACGACAUCAUAUUUGUUUACAACAAAUAUGUUAGUAUAUACAUAUAUACUAAAAAAGAGAUCGAGUUUGAGUUAACUUUGACUUUUACUACUAUUGAACUUUUUUAGUAAUAGCAUUUGAGUCAACUUUGCAAGAAUGAAUGGGUGGCAGCAUAUUAUCUACAUGACAUCAUACGAUUAUCUUCACAAAAAUGGCGGCCACCACCACUUCAGUCAUCUCAGGCUACGAUCGACCAACGGAGCUCAAAGCUUUCGACCAAACAAAAACCGGCGUCAAAGGCCUCGUCGAUGCCGGAAUCCGACAAAUCCCUCGCAUCUUCAUCCACCCACCGGAAACCUCCCCCAAAACCUCCACAAUUUUCGAGAUUCCAGUCGUAGACCUUGGAUCAACCGAUAGAGCAUCGACGGUAGAGAAGAUCCGUGCGGCGUCGGAGAAUCUAGGUUUCUUUCAAGUGGUGAAUCACGGGAUCCCUGUGACUGUUAUGGACGAGAUGCUUCAAGGAGUUCGUAGAUUUCACGAACAAGAUGCGGAGGUGAAGAAACAGUUUUACACGAGGGAUCUUUCGAGAACAGUAGUGUAUAAUAGCAACUUUGAUCUGUAUAGUUCCCCCGCCGCGAACUGGAGGGACACCGUCUUUUCCUUUAUGGCUCCGUCUCCUCCGCCGCCUGAGGAACUACCGGAGGUUUGCAGAGACAUUCAAAUCGAGUAUUCAAAUCAUGUGCUGAAACUAGGCGGGUUACUCUUCCGAUUGAUCUCAGAAGCCUUGGGGCUGAACGAUAAUCACCUCGGAGAUCUGGAUUUUGACAAAGGGCUUUCAAUCGCCGGCCAUUGUUAUCCUGCUUGUCCACAACCAGAUCUAACAAUGGGUACAACCAAACACACAGACGGUGGUUUUCUAACAGUGCUUCUACAAGAUGAAAUUGGGGGACUCCAAAUUCUCCAUCAAAAUCAAUGGAUUGAUGUUCCUUCAAUACCUGGUGCGCUUGUGAUCAAUAUCGGAGAUCUAUUACAGAUUUUAUCGAAUGAUAAAUUGAAAAGUGUGGAGCAUAGAGUGGUGGCAAAUGAGAAAGGGCCGAGAGUGUCGGUGGCGUGUUUCUUCGGAACCUCCUUAGCGCCGUCGAAGAAGGUGUUGGGACCAUUGCCGGAGCUGGUUUCCGAUGAGAACCCACCGAGGCUAUGUCCGACGAAUAUCGACCCUUCACCACCGACGACGAGCAACAAGGGUUAUUUCUUUUUGGUUGUGAAGUCGUUCACCACUAUCGUUCCUUCACCAUCGUCGUUCCUUCACCACCUUCGACAAUUGGUGACUCCUUCUAGCUUCUCUUCUUCGCCACAGCAGCCACCACCAGAGGACCACCAUCAAAUCCGACCACCGGAAUCCGGCCAUCACAGCAAGAAGAACAGAACCAGCUAGUUUUUUUUUUCCUUCUUGUUUUCUAAUUUUUGUUGAAAUUGAAAUUGUAUGUAUAGGUUUAUAUGAAAUUGAAAUUGGUCCUUGUAUGAUUGUAUGAUUAUGUUACUUGUUGGUCUUUGUAUGAUUGUGUCAUUUGUUUAGGUUUAUAUGAAAUUGAUAUUGAUUGUAUGUAUAAAGUGUCAAUUUACUUGUUUAGGUUUAUAUGAAAUUG